AUGCAGAUCUUCGUCAAGACCUUGACCGGCAAGACUAUUACCCUCGAGGUUGAGUCAUCUGAUACUAUCGACAAUGUCAAGUCCAAGAUUCAGGACAAGGAGGGUAUCCCCCCGGAUCAGCAGCGAUUGAUUUUCGCCGGCAAGCAGCUCGAGGAUGGCCGUACCCUCUCAGACUACAAUAUCCAGAAGGAGUCGACUCUCCAUCUCGUCCUCCGCCUUCGUGGUGGUAUGCAAAUCUUCGUCAAGACCCUCACAGGCAAGACCAUCACCCUUGAGGUCGAGUCAUCCGACACUAUCGACAAUGUCAAGUCCAAGAUCCAGGAUAAGGAGGGCAUCCCUCCUGACCAGCAGCGAUUGAUUUUCGCCGGCAAGCAGCUCGAGGACGGCCGUACCCUCUCAGACUACAACAUUCAGAAGGAGUCAACCCUUCAUCUCGUCCUCCGCCUUCGUGGUGGUAUGCAAAUCUUCGUCAAGACCUUGACCGGCAAGACCAUCACCCUUGAGGUUGAGUCAUCCGACACUAUCGACAACGUCAAGUCCAAGAUUCAGGACAAGGAGGGUAUCCCUCCUGACCAGCAGCGAUUGAUUUUCGCCGGCAAGCAGCUCGAGGACGGCCGAACCCUCUCCGACUACAACAUCCAGAAGGAAUCAACCCUUCACCUGGUCCUUCGUCUUCGUGGUGGACAGUAG